AUCCUCUUCUUUUGUACUCUCUCUCUCUGCACCUGUCGUUCUCUGUCCACGGAGAAUCUCCACCGUUCGAUAGCAUCUCUCUUUCUCGUCCCUCUCCUGCUGUCCAUUCCAACCCCACCAUCUUCUCCCCCUCUAAAAACCCAUCAAUACCCAUCUUCUUGCUAGACCAGACCCUCCCAUUUCCAGCCAUUAAAACCCCAUUUCUCGAAACCCUCAAAUCCUCUCUCGUUUCCAUCUGGUUUUCGAUUCCUCAUCUGGGUUUUCGAUCUCCUCUAUUGGGUAUUUCUCUCGCCUUCUCAAAUGCCGGCCUCUUGCGUCGCUUCUCCUCUUUGCACCUGGCUCGUCGCCGCCUGCAUGUCCGUCGCCUGCGAGAAGGACCUAUCGAUCCGACAGUCCUCCGCGUUCCCGUACUCGGAAAGGCUGAGCCGGCGGGCUAGGAGGAAGAAGAGGGCCGAUCGUUGCCCCAGGGACCUGAUGUCGACAUUCUGCGGAUCGAGUCUCCAGGGGCUGAUGAGCUCCUGCCUCGCAUUUGAGCCGUGCGAGGAGUAUUAUAGCUCGAAGGGCUCGUCACUGUUUGGCGAGGUUGGAUUCUCGCUGUUUGGAUCGAAGGUGGGCACCACUCGCCGGGAAAGGCGGAUGAAUCGAGUGGGGGCUGCAGGAAAAGCAAUGAAUGUAGCUGUUCAGCCUGCGAAGGAAGUCUCUGCAAAGAAGAGACCGCUGACAAGGAGAAGGAGGGUUGUUGUGACAGGGAUGGGUGUGGUGACCCCCGUAGGUCACGAGCUAGAUGUGUUCUACAAUAACCUUCUUGAGGGAGUCAGUGGUAUAAGUGAGAUCGAAGCAUUUGACUGUGCCCACUUUCCAACGAGAAUUGCUGGGGAAAUCAAAUCAUUCUCAUCGGAUGGAUUGGUCGCGCCAAAGCUCUCUAAGCGGAUGGAUAAAUUCAUGCUUUACAUGCUUAUUGCUGGCAAGAAAGCAUUGGCGGACGGUGGAAUUACAGAAGAGGUCAUGAAUGAGUUAGACAAAACGAAAUGUGGAGUUCUGAUUGGUUCUGCAAUGGGGGGAAUGAAGGUUUUCAAUGAUGCAAUAGAAGCGUUAAGGGUCUCAUAUAGGAAGAUGAAUCCCUUUUGUGUGCCUUUUGCAACUACUAAUAUGGGAUCGGCAAUGCUUGCAAUGGAUCUGGGAUGGAUGGGGCCAAAUUACUCAAUUUCAACGGCUUGCGCAACAAGCAACUUUUGCAUAUUGAAUGCGGCAAAUCAUAUUAUAAGAGGUGAAGCUGAUGUGAUGCUGUGCGGGGGCUCCGAUGCAGCAAUCAUACCUAUUGGCCUAGGCGGUUUUGUAGCAUGUAGAGCUCUUUCACAGAGAAAUGAUGAUCCAACGAAAGCUUCACGCCCUUGGGAUAUUAAUCGUGAUGGAUUUGUUAUGGGGGAAGGAGCCGGCGUUCUACUCUUAGAAGAACUAGAACAUGCCAAGAAAAGAGGAGCAAACAUAUAUGCGGAGUUUCUUGGUGGAAGCUUCACUUGUGAUGCUUAUCACAUGACCGAGCCUCACCCUGAUGGGACAGGUGUGGUUCUCUGCAUAGAGAAGGCCUUGUCUCAAUCCGGCGUAGCUAGAGAGGAUGUGAACUAUGUAAAUGCCCAUGCUACUUCGACACCAUCUGGUGACCUGAAAGAGUAUCAAGCUCUUACUCGUUGUUUUGGCCAGAAUCCUGAGCUGAGGGUGAACUCUACAAAGUCCAUGAUUGGUCACCUAUUAGGAGCAGCUGGAGCUGUGGAAGCUGUUGCGACCGUACAGGCGAUUCGGACAGGUUGGGUUCAUCCAAAUAUCAAUCUAGAAAACCCUGAGGAAGGCGUGGACCGGAGCGUGCUGGUGGGCCCCAAAAAGGAGAGGCUGGAUAUCAAAGUCGCACUAUCUAAUUCAUUUGGUUUCGGUGGCCACAAUUCCUCCAUCCUGUUUGUACCAUACAAGUGAGUAUGGUGACAACCUCCGACCAUGGUUCAAGCAUUGUAAUCAUUUUGCCUGUAUUGAUUUGUCGGAUGUAUGAGAAGCAACGAGCCCAAAGUUUGGGUUGUGGGUGGUGCCCAGUACAGUUUUUUUUCUUUUUCUUUAAAAGCCCAUCUUCUCUUCUUGUUUGAUAGAGAUUUACAUGUUAGAGAUACGAAGGUAGGGAUUAGACUUGUAACUCUGUAAAAGAAUGGGAAAAAAGGGUGGGAAAUGAAAUCAUCUAGAAACCCAAUAGCUGGUGAUUAGAUGCCAGCAUUUUCCGUCGA